CGUCGCGCGCGACCGAAAAUAAUACGAUUAUUCCGAACUAAAUUGUUAAAAGCAUCAUCAAUGUAAUAAUUUUCUGCACAAACGGUUUAAAUAAGCAACAACCGUGGAACUAACCAAGCUCUCAGUUAUAUCAAUCAAGAUGGCUUCGUCAAAUGGUAAGGAAAGUGCAAAAGUGACCGUUUCUAUGGAUAGUUUGAAAGUGUCUAGUAAGCAUACGUCUAAACAUGCGUCUUCUGAGUCUGUGCUAUCGAAGAAGGACAAAGAAUGUCUCCAAAUGCAGGAAUGUAAGAAGAAGUUGUUGGCUAUGGAACCACAGAUAAUAAUAAGGGAUGAGAACGUGGUGCUACGAUCUCCUCCACAGAAGAAGAUUGUGAUGCCGACACAGAUUAAUCCAGAGGAACUAGCAGCCGCUACGCCCACGCAACGCAAUUGGCGAGGCAUUCUCAUAGCGCUGUUGGUGAUAGCGGCCGUGCUCGGAUUGAUAGUGUUUAGCAUAGCACUGCUCACCCCCACAGGAGACGAUGGAAGGGGCCGCGGAAGACGGCCUACACUUGCCGAUGUUCUUACGGAACAUUAUAAGCAAUUUAACGGCACUUGGUUAUCAGACACAGAAUUAGUAUUCAGAUCGCGAUGGGGCGGCCUCACGCUGUUCAACGUGAAAAACUUUACCACGAGACUUCUGAUGAACAAUUCUACAUUCAGAGAAUUGAAUGCCGUAGAUUUCAAAGUGUCGGCGGACCUAAAGUUUGUGCUGCUCAUAUCUGAUGUACGACCGGGAUGGAGGCAUGCCAGGCUCGCCAGAUAUCACGUCUACGAUGUCAUAACAAGGAACCGAAUUCCCGUGUCACCAAUAGAGGAUGAUCGGUCCGCACCACUGCUACAACACGCAGAAUGGGCCCCUGUUGGGUCAGGCUUGGUCUUCGUUCAUGAUAAUGACAUCUAUUACAAGCCCAAAGUACUUAAGGCACUAGUUUGUCGAAUCACAAGCAAUGGUGUCCCAGGUGUACUCUUCAAUGGCGUACCUGACUAUCUGUAUGAGACUGAAGUGCUCCGUCUCGACCGAGCCUUGUGGUUCAGUCCAGAUGGUCAGACCCUGAUGUACGUCAGUUACAAUGACACUCUGGUGCCACAGUAUAUGUACCCGUGGUACGGCCUGGAUCAGCCCGAGCCACCGCCAUACCCCACUAUAAGGACGCUUAGGUACCCGCAGGUCACCACCAACAAUCCAGUGGCGACGAUAUACGUUGUUAGUCUGAAGACGCCCAAGUUUCUGUUUCCUCACGCCAUACAAUUUUCUCCGCAAGUCGACAAAAAUUGGUACAUAAGAUGGAGCAGUUGGAUAUCAGAGCGGCAGAUCGGCGUCGUACUGCUAAACCGGCCUCAGAACAUCUCCAUCAUCACGAUCUGCAGUGCCGUGCACUAUAAUUGUCAGGAUAUAUAUCGAGACGAAACAGACGGGACCCGCUGGUCGGGUCUGGGGGCGGAUCCAGAGGAUGAGGAGUGCGGGUGGUGCGGCGGGGGAGCCUUAGUCGGAGGUCCGGGGGGUGUGUUCACAACAAUGCCCAUCACUGAUCAUGGAGGCGUAUGGAGACAUGCUGUAUUGCUGGGAAAGGACUCCAGGACUACAUUGACGCAAGGCAGCUUUGAAAUCACGCAACUAGUGGGAUGGGACGAACAACGGAGAUAUUUAUACGUGAUAGGCACGGCGGUGGAGCGUCCAGGCGAACGUCAUGUGUAUCGUGUGCGCGUGCCAAGAGACGGGUGGCCCCCCGCACCCCGCUGCCUCACCUGCCCCAACACCCUUCCUGAUGAGGACACAUCACCCACCACUGAUCACACGGAGUACGAAAACGUGACAUCGUCACUUCCUUCGUGGCCCACAUCCACAGUCUUGCCCCACGUAGCCGACGAAAAUGAUUCACUGCCAACCGAGUGUCUCUACAACAGAGUUUUCUUUAGCAGGAACUUCUCUUAUUACGUACAGGAAUGCCUCGGCCCCGGUCCUCCAGCUAUAUUUCUGUGUACUAUGAGCGGCGCUCGUCUCUCCGUGCUUCACGAUGGACAGCCAUUACGACAACAUGUCGCUGCUCUUGCUUCUCCGCACAUCAAGGUGUUCAGAGUGGAGGUGCAAGCUCACAGGGAGGCUCGAGUGCGCCUGUUGCUACCGCCGGGACUCAGAGAAACCGACGACUUACCUCUUCCUCUUGUUUUACACGUGUCUGCAUCACCUGGUGGUCAGCUAGUAUCGUCUCGGUGGGGCAUGGGAUGGGGGUGGUACCUCGCCUCAGCACGGAACUUUAUAGUUGCACAAAUUGACGCAAGGGGCUCUGCCGGACAGGGUGAAGAAUUACGAACAGAGAUAUAUCAAAAAUUACUUUCAGUCGACGUUGAAGAUCAAAUCGCGGUUUUGUCAUACCUUCGCGAUAACCUCAAGAUGGUGGAUGGCAGCCGAGUAGGGGUGUGGGGCGCGGGGUACGGGGCGGCCGCUGCACACGCUCUUGCCGCCGGAGACGCCAGAAACCUCACUCGUUGUCUUGCUCUUAUAGCACCACUGGCUGACCUAACACACCACACGUCAUUCUGGACAGAGCGGUAUGGAGGUGCAGGAGCUGGUGGUGGUGGGGGGGCAGUUUGGCGUCGUGCAGGGAACUUGCCCCCUCGAAGGGUAUUACUGGCCCACGCUACGGCUGACACGCGAGCCCCGCCGCACCACGCCUUGGCGCUGGCACACGCUCUGAUUCGAGCAGGAGCGCUCUACACUCAUCAUGUUUACCCAGAUGAGGGUCACAAUUUCGAGAAAUCCCAGAUCCACCUAUAUAAGACCCUGGAGCAGUUCUUCGACGAAUGCUUUGGUCCCGUUGAAGUCGCAGAUUGGGAUACAGGGGUUGAGGGACUAUUCCCAUUCCGGGACUAAAGCCUAUUACUAUUUUAAAAAGACAUCUAAAUGACAGUUCUGAUUACGUAUAAACAUACUAGGGUCAUUUAUGGAUAAAAAUGAAAUUUCCAGAAUAUUUAAAAGAUUAACCAACUUAAUACAAAAAAAUAUAUUAACAUAAGGUUUACUAAGUGUUAUUUUAAUUUAUAUGGUAUCUCUUGUCACACAUUGAAGGUAAAGCGUGUAACAAGAAAAAAAUAUAUGAAAUGUCGGGUUCCUCGUUACACGUUUAGAUAAUAUAUGUAUAUAUUACACUAGUUAGAAAUGAACUUAUCGUUUUAUAAUUAGGCAAUAAUUUUCGGUUGGAUCCAUAAUCAUUUUUGAAACUUUUGUUAAUAUACCAUAUAAUGGCAAAAUAAAAAUAAAAACGCCGUCCUUAACCUAAAACGUAAAAGGACAAAAAUAAUUACUUUUACUUACUUUCACUUUAAAAGAAUUUUAAUUUUAAACAAGCAAAACCUUCUUUUGGUCGUCUGGUUAAAGGAAGUUGGAGGUUACUUAGUCGGAAUCGUUUGUCAAAUGGAAUAUGUAAAAUUACAAUUCCAAUUAGUUAGUAAACAAAUUGUUUUAACCAUUGCACCGUUAUUUUACACGAAUAGAUUAUCGAAAUGGUGCAUAUUUACAAUAUUAAUACUUAUUUUACUAGAUUGAUAGUUUUGAAACAAAUGAGAAGUGGAUUUGAGUGUUUUACCUUGAUGUAUUAUUAUUGUUAGAUAAAUGAAUUGUAAAAAAAAAAUAGUUUGUGAAAAAAACAAUUGACCAGAUUUGUUCAAAUAUUGUGUUAUUUAAAAUAAAUAAUUGCAAAUCAUUUUAGAUUAUAGAUCGAGUAUAGAAAGCGGUCGUUAGUCUCUCUGACUUAUAUUUUUUUAUUAUCCUUUACUCUGACAUCUUACAAGUUUACGACAUAUUUGUAUUUCGUGUUGGAUUAUUUUUUCACAAACUAUGUUUGAGCUAGACGCUCUCUGAAAAUUUUCUUAUGAUUAUAAUAAGGUAUAAAUGUUGUAUAUUUUAGCGUAAGUGUACGUCGUACCUACUUACCUGUGUCUAUGUACCUACUUCUUCAAUGUCGCUUUGAAUGUCAUCGUAACUUAGCUUUAAUAUUUUUAGAUUAUUCCAAAAUAAAUUCUAUUUCUACUACGCGUCACAGUCACGAUGAUAAAAGAUAUUGCUUGUGACUAUCUUCGUGACUGAUACAAUUUUGCCCAACAAUGUAUGUUUAGUGAUGAAGUACCAAAGAUAGAUUGCUAGUUAAUAAACAUUUUAUUGAAAUAUUCAAACAAAUAGAUUUUAUAAAAAUAAUAAAAAGUAUAUUAUAAAAAUAUCAUGUUAUAGAUGUCGUAUUUAUGUAAUACAGAGAGAUAUCGUUGUCAUAGAUAAUACUGUGUAUAUUUUGUGUAACAAACGUUUUCUAGUCGAUAACUAGUCAUUAUUUAUUUUUACACUUUAUUCCUUAAUUAACAAUACAAGUAUCCGAAUGAUUCUUCACUGCCACUUUGUUUUAUCACAAAAUCAUUAUUCUACAAUUAAACGUACACAAUUAAUUUAAUUUGAAUAUUCGGUUUAAUAAACGUAAAGGAAUUUCAUGAUAUAACAGUUCAUGGUAUAUUUGGAUAUUCGACGUCUCUUGAAUAAUUUGUUUCUUCUUAAAACUUAGUAGUCGUUUCAUACUCUAUUUCUAUCUCAUGUUAUUGACUACAAUUUAUUUAAAAUAGAAUUCGAUAAAAAUAAAUGUUUGGAACAUUUAUUAAUUAACUGAAAUAUGUUAUAAAAGUUAAAUUUUAAACAGUUGUCAUCUUUACGAUCUAUGAAGAUGACAUUACAUCUAAGUUUCCUAUGGAACCACGUUAUAUGGCACACUUAUUAGGAGGAAGCGAUGCUUUGCGAAUUUCUAAUACUAGUUAAGUAAGACUUAACUUUUACUGCUGUAUCUUGAUCAUCAGAACAAGCAGAUCAUAUUUUCCAUAUCAAUGGUCUGUCUUUAUCUUAGAAAUUAUAUUCAUUUUUAGUGCUGCGACAUGGCAUUGUAGGUGUAUUUCAAUUCUGAUAAUAAUGUGUUUCCUCUAUCUCCUAUACGUGUGUAAAAUUUGUAUGCCAUGUAUGCGACAUUGUUUGCCUAUUUUCCUUGUAUACAGACUGAUACAGUUUGAAUAAUGAAUGUGAUUUAAUUAAUCUAGGUUGGUAUGUGUAAUAUUAUGUUUUUAUGCUCAGUUGUUAU